AUGCCCGACAACGACACCGGCGCCCUCAACUGGCGCCUGUCCGCCCACCCCGUCACGCUCCUCACCUUCCUAGGCUUCCGUCUCGGCUCCCUCCUAAUGUACCUCUUCGGCGUCCUCUUCAUCCGCAACUUCAUCCUCGUUUUCAUCAUCACCCUGCUCCUCCUCUCCCUCGACUUCUACUACCUCAAGAACAUCGCGGGCCGCCGCCUCGUGGGGCUGCGCUGGUGGAACGAGGUCGACACCGCCACGGGCGACAGCCACUGGGUCUUUGAGUCGCGCGAGACACAGGCCAAUACCGGCGGAGGAAUACAGAAUCCCACGGACAAGCGCUUCUUCUGGAUGGCCAUGUAUGUGGUGCCCGUGUGCUGGGUCGCGCUGGCGGUGCUGGCGAUCGUAAGGCUGCAGAGUCUGAUUUGGUUGGUGACAAUUGUGAUUGCGCUGGUGUUGACGAUCACGAAUACGGUUGCCUUCUCGAGAUGCGAUAAGUUCAGCCAGGCGAGUGGAUGGGCGGGCAGUGCUUUCAGUGGCAGCGGCCUCGCGCGCGGCCUGGCGGGGAACAUGGUUGGGCGGUUUUUCAAGUGA